UUUCCAGGCUGUGGGAAAAGCUUGUACACUUCUACCGAGCAUGCCUUCAGCACUAAUAAGUCAGUAUUUGUCGGUAAAUUAACUUAUGCUGCAGCAGCAGUCUUUUACAUUCAACUAGCAUGGAUGAAAACACUUUAAAGCUGUUGUUGAAGCUUACUCAGGACGGACGGUUAAGCUCUCUGGAGAAACAAAUAACAUUAGGCGGCUGUACUGCGGCACAAGCAGUCAGGAGCAAACACUUUGGCCGGUCUGGAGACACCUUACUACAUUAUGCUGCUAGACACGGACACAUUGAUAUUGUGGAAUAUCUAAUAAAGCAGCUGGGCGUGGAUGUGGAAGUAUACAAUAAUGAUUAUAAGAGGCCACUGCAUGAAGCCGCUUCUAUGGGCCACAAGGAAUGUGUCAGCUAUCUGCUCGGGAAAGGAGCCAAGGUGGAUAGUCUGAAAAAAGCUGACUGGACUCCUCUCAUGAUGGCGUGUACUCGGAGGAACCUUGAUGUGAUUCAGCAGCUUUUGUGUCACGGCGCUGACCCCACACUGCAAAACAAAGAUGGCUGGAACGCCUUCCACAUUGCGUGCAGGGAGGGCGAUCCUCAGGUCAUAGAGCACCUGCUUCUUGCCGCACCAGACAUCUGGAAGACGGAGAGCAAAACACGCAGGACGCCGCUGCACACUGCCGCAAUGCAUGGCUGCGAGGAAGUUAUUAGGAUCUUAUUGGAGAGGUGUGGCUACACCCCAGACAACACUGACAGCUGUGGAGUCACUCCCUUCAUGGAUGCUGUCAGGAAUGGACAUAUCUCUGUAGCCAGGCUGCUUUUAGAGAAGCACCAGGCAUCCCCAGUGGCUGCUGAUGUACUCCGAGCUCAGCCGGUGCACCAGGUUGCCGUCACCGGUCAGGAGGAAGCGCUGCGGUUCUUGGUGCAAGAGCUCAGGGUAGACGUGAAUCAGAGAGCGACUGAUCUCCAGCUCACUGCUCUGCAUUAUGCUGCAAAGGAGGGACACGUUUCUAUAAUAAAAACACUGCUGGAGCUGGGGGCGGAGCUUCAUGUUCAGGACAAAAAGGAACGGACUGCUCUGCACAUGGCUUGCAUCGGGCAGCAUGCAGGUGCAGUCAGGACACUCCUGUUGCUCGGGCUCAAGGACUCUCAGGAUGCAUCUGGCACAACAGCACGGCAGCUCGCCAAGAAACCAGACGUAGUGCAAGCAUUUGAAUCUAGCCUACCAGACAGUUAAUGCACGAAACUAUCAUGAAUGUGAGCACACUGGUUAUUUAUAAUUUAUUUUAAUAAAGAAAAGAAGCUUUCACAUUCAUGUGACUGAGGCUAAGCUGAGCAGAUUGUGGAGAUUGCAAUAAAAAUUUGCUUUGUUUUGGUUAUUUCUGGACCUGACAGAGGGAACAAGAGAAGGAGGGAGUGAAGAAAAGAAACAGAAGACAAAGUUAUGAAAGAUUGAACACAACUAUACCUUUCCAGCUUCUGUAAGAAAAUAAAGCAGAGAAUCAACCAUAAAAUGACAAAAACAAGAACACCAGCAACUGUAGGUAUUGGUGAUUAAACCUGCAGGACAAUACAGUAACUGUAUAACGAUGUGUUGUCUGCGUGAAUGACUUGAAACUAUUCCUACACAGACCAAUGUGAGACAUGAUCCAAUGAGUUACACAGAAGCAUUUUAUUAUUUGUCUUAAGGUUUGCUUAACAGGUGUGUCAGUGAUGAACAGGCAGGCAACACAAAUAGUGGUACAAGACUACAUAGUCUUCCUCUUGACUCGGUAGAAUGUUUCCUGUAUAAUUGGAGUAAAAUCAAGGUUUUUAUACAGUAAAAAGCAAAUAGAAAUAGUAGUGAUUAUGAAGGAAUACAAAAAGAGUUGUCUUUUACAGUACCUUGUCUAGUAUUUUGUAAUCUUUCAAUUAUAAUUAUUAAUUUUUAAAUUUUGCACUUGGUUACGGUGUUUUUACACAGGUAGUAAGUUGCCAA